CAUCAACAAUGGCUGACAACCCCCAACCCCACUUCUUAUUCAUCACGUACCCCUUGCAAAGCCAUAUCAACCCAGCCCUCCACCUUGCCAAGCACCUCGCAACCACCACCGGUGCCACCGUCACCUUCUCCACCACCAUCUUCGCCCACCGCCGCAUGUUCUCCUCCACCCCCAACUCCGACAAAGGCUUCAAUGAUGGCCUCAUCACCUACCUCCCCUUCUCUGAUGGCUUCGACAAAGAGGGUUACAAACGUGCCACCAUGGAUCUUAAAGAGUACUUCUCACUCUUCAGAUCAAAUAGUAAACGCAACGUUUCUAUCCUCUUGAACGACCUCGCCACCUGUGGCCGGCCGGUGACGUGCGUAGUUUAUACUAUCUUGUUAUCUUGGGUGGUGGACAUCGCUGGUGAGCAAGGCAUUUCUUCAGUCCUCUAUUGGAUACAAGCUGCCUCCGUGUUCGCCAUCUACUACCACUUCUUUCAUGGCUUUGAGAGUCUCAUCAAAGCUCACGCUGAUGAUCCUUCAUUCCCUGUCUGUUUUCCGGGAUUGCUGCCACUCCAAAUAAAAGACUUGCCAUCGUUUCUCACAGUCAGGGAAACCGAUGGCCUCAACGCCGACAUUCUAGACUCGUUAAGGGAGUUGUUUAGGAUCUUGGAUAGGGAACAAGAGAAGAUGAAGUCUAUGGGUGUUGAUAAACACCUUUCAGAAAUGGGAACUGAUGCCUUAGCUUCAGUCAGCAAUGAGGUUGAAGCCAUACCUGUUGGACACUUGCCGAAAGAGUACACCAACUCAGUUGCUGGAUAUCUUUUCAGGGAGGAUGAGAAGAAGUACAUGAAGUGGUUGGACACAAAAGAGGAGGGAUCAGUGGUGUAUAUAUCAUUCGGAAGUGUCUCAGUGAUGAAGAAGGAGCAGAUGCAGGAGAUUGUGAAAGCAUUGAAGGAGAGUAAGAGGCCAUAUCUAUGGGUUGUGAGGAAGGAUAACAGAGAGGAAGAACUACUGGAGAUUGAAGAAGGAGAGGAUGGGAUGGUGGUGGAGUGGUGCUCACAAGUGAAAGUGUUGGCGCACAGGGCGGUUGGUUGCUUUGUGACACACUGUGGGUGGAACUCAACGUUGGAGAGCUUGGUGUGUGGCGUGCCGAUGGUGGGCGUGCCACACUGGACGGAUCAAGCCAUGAAUGCGAAGUUGGUUGAGAGUUUAUGGGGUUGUGGUGUGAGGAGCGAGGUUGAUGGUGUUAUCAAAGGAGAAGAGCUUGUGAGAGGUUUGGAGUUAGUCAUGGGUGAAGGAGAGAAGAGUGUCGACAUUAGAAGAAAGGCUAAGAUGCAGAAAGACAAGGCUAUAGAGGCUGUCGGUGAAGGUGGAUCAUCUCAUCUUAAUCUCAUGGCUCUCGUUGGAAUGUUUACUGGAUAGUUAGUAUUGUACAUUUUAUGAUAAGUAAUGUGUAACGUGUUUGGAUCGUGAUCAAUCCAUUUGAUGGCUUAGUGCAUUGCAGUUAGAAUUUA